GUGGCUGCCGCCCCCAGCACCGCCCCGUUGGUGACCAAGGCCAUCCCUGGGCCAUCGGGAAAGAUGGCCCUGCAAUCACCGCUACCCAAGCCCUCACCCAAGCCACUGCCUGCGCCUGCGGCCAAGCCCGCCCUCAGCCGGGUGUCUGCUUGA